CAGGCAAGGAAAGAAGAAGCAGCAGCAGCAGCAGCAGCAGUAGUCAUCGAUCAGUAGGUGUGUGUGUCGUCUGCUGGUGGGUGAGUCAGCCGCUGUCUGCCCCGCCUCACUGCCUCCUUGGCCUCACUGCUCACUGCUGUGCUGUCUGCUGAGCCUUGGCCAGUCUGCCCCGCACCACCAUCUCAACAUAUUGCCGCCGUCGCCUCGCAGCUCCCUACAGCCAUGGAAUUUAGAUUUGACGUGGGCCACAUCUUGCAAGAUGAAGUCACACUGGUGGACAAUAAUCUCAUCGUCAAAAACUGGAAGAGUUCAACUAGAAACAGGGUGGAGUACCAGCAGCUGUAUGAGAUCAUCAAUGCCAUUGGCGAGGCAUCAUCCUUUGCACAGGGACUCAAUAACGUCAUUACCACAUCAGAGAAACUCCAGAACUCAGACCACUUGCUCUACCUGAUGAAGGAGGAUGAUGAUUCAAUAGGUGUGACCCUGGUGGUAGGUAUGCUCAAGGUAGGGCGCAAGAAGUUAUUCCUGUUGGAUCCCAACCAACGAACCAAAGAAGCUGGACCACUCUGUGUCCUUGACUUCUAUAUCCAUGAGUCGCGGCAGCGCAGGGGUUAUGGCAGGAGGCUCUUUGACUACAUGCUGAGGCAUCAGAAUGUGACACCUGAAUACAUGGCAGUGGACAAGCCAUCAGAUAAGUUCUUGGGAUUCCUGCACAAGCAUUACAACCUUUACAAGCAGGUUCCUCAGAUCAACAACUUUGUUGUCUUUGAGCCGUUCUUCAUGGCAGAAAGGCCAAUUGUGUCAGAAGAGGCUGCAAUGAUCCAGGUGAGCCGCAGCCCCCGUGCUGCCUCCCCAGAGCAGUCUCCCAGUGGCUCCCGUCGCUCCUCCACCUCAUCCAACUACUCCCACUCUGCCGGCCUUCCCUCCAGGCAGGCCAACAGCAUGGCUGACAUUCUUCAUGGCCGUCCUGACCGCCACACUCCUGCGGCUCGGCUGUGUCCUCGUUACCAGACUACCCUUGAGGUAGGUCCUGAGUGGAUGCGAGGACCAUCAUCUGGCAGUGAAACACCUUAUUCUCGCGCUUCAAACUCCUAUUCUGCAUCUCGUACCCCAUCCAAUACUGGGUCUCCCCUGAGGACCCCAUGGGGUGGCUCUCCUCCACGCACUCAGCCCCACACACCCCCUACCACCUCACAGCCAGCUAGUCGCAAAAAGAGUGCUGAUCUGGUUGAUGGUCACAGCAGCCCUGAGGGAUCAAUAGCACCCACUCCAGCCACUUCCCCAGAGCGCUCCCCUGUUAAGGAGCUCCAGAAGAAUGGUGAGGGAAAGGAUGAUGUGAUACGGCAGCAGCCACCACCAGAAGAGGAUGGCAUAGUGGAGAGUGCAGCCCAGAUGUCCCUCUCAGCUGGUCCACAGUCACCAGCCCGGAGCCCUGAGCUGUGUGGACUGAUGAAUCUGUGUAAGAAUAGCCAAUGGAGGGACAGUGUAGCUCGCUCAUCGGCAACUCUGGCCGAGCGCAUGUCCUCCCCAACGGGCUCCACCAUGUCUGGCGUUCUGCACGAAAAUGAUUCAGUCCAUGGACAUUUGAAAUUCCAUCACCAUGCUUUGUGGUAAGAGUUCUUGAGAUCCUUGUUCACUUGGCUAUCAAGAACAAGAUAGUUGGCCGGCCCUCAGUGCUAGACACAGGAAGACAUGUUGAUUUGCAGCCGAGAGACUGAUGCAGCUAAUUUCACAUUGCUACUACUAUCAUUCCUGCCAAUAUUAGUGUGCACUACAAUACUUAGAAACAUUUUUAUGAUAUACUAGCUCAAAAGAGUUUUACAAGACUCCAAAGAAUUUUAAUACUUUGGGUGUGAAGUCUUGAGUUGUGAAUAAUUCUACAGUAAUUGGUUUUAUUGUAGUGUAACUAGUGUGCAGCAAGAAGCUUUAGAGAAGAUCUAUAUGGUUGUGCAUGUAGAAAACAACUGCUGUGUUGGUACUUUUCAUUACACAAGUACCCAUAGAAGUUUUUGUUCAGUUCAGUAUAGUUGCAAGUACUUAUCAAUUUAUGUGGCUUUGAAAAACAUUUACUUAGUAAGUAUGGGAGCACUUUUUUUAUGGGAAAAGAUUAUAAUUGAUGAAAGAAGAGAUUAUGUAGAAAGCAUAGUUGUAGUAUCAGAUGUUAGGAUAAUAAAUAGGUAAGGAGCACAAUAAAGUGUAAACUUCAUGAGGUCACAAGUGUUGCACAGACUACAGCUGGGGUUGUGCAGCUUUGCAUCCCAGCACCCCUUGCAUUACUGGCCUGUAUAUAGUGAGGUUUUUUUUUUAUGUUUUGUAUAAUGUUUUUAGCACUAAGGCAAAUCUGUUAAGCACUUCAGUGUUUUCUUGGUUUUGUUGUGAUGAGUGUGGUUGUUUUGAUGUUUGAAUUUUAUUCAAGCACCAAUAGAGUGGUGGUUGUGUAUAUUGUGUGCAUCAGUUUCCAGCCACACAUUUAAGAUCUGAAUGAAUACACUUGCUGUGGGA